AUGGUUAGAAAGAAAGUGAAGUUGGCUUUCAUUGAAAAUAACACUGAGAGGAGAGUCUCAUAUAGAAAACGUCAAAAAGAAUUCUUAACCAAGGCUCGUGAACUCAACAGUACCCUUUGCGAUGUUGAAUUGGCUACCUUUAUUAAUAGCCCUUACCACAAAAAACCAGAGGUGUUUUCAAAUCAUGAAGCUGCUACCAGCACCUUUACAAAGUUAGAGGAUCUUUCGGAGACAGAUAAAUCAAAAAACAUAACAACACAAGAAAAACAAAUCAUGAAAAGGAUCAACAAAAUUGAGAAUGAACUUGAGAAGGUAAGGAAGGAAAACAAGAAAAUGGAGUCUACAAACCAGAUGUAUGGAUUGUUGAAUGGUGAAGAGAUGCCCAACAGUAUGCACCCAGAAGAUCUCAGCGAUCUCAGUUAUGUGAUCAAUAAAAGCCUCAAACAGAUAAAUGACGCGAUCAAAGCAAAAACCCACGAAGAGGGUUCUACAUUGAAUGCUCCUCAAACUAUUGUUGGACCUAUGGAUUCUGGUGUGACCAGCUCUGACAUGUCAUGGGCUCCUCUUUUGGCCCCAGUUGAAGCUCCAGUACUAUCCGAGAUUCCUCUUUUGGAUACAUUUACUGUACCUAGUGGGACCAACUUCGAGAGGCCAAGGGCUCCUCUUAAUUUGGUUCCUGUAACAUCCAAGUUCUCAACAAACUUUUAA